AUGAGUGCCAUGCUAAGGAGGCCAACAGAGCAGUCAACAACCACGGUCGAAUGCGUCCGCUCCGUCCCAUCGACGGACGGCAACUCACCAUCAACAAUAGCCCCUCAAGUUCCUUCGAGGCGGCCAAACGCAAGGCGGGUGAACAAUCCAGGUGAUAUUUCGCUGACGUGGAAAUCUCCAAUCCUCGGUCCUGCUCUUCGAACAGACAAUCGAGAACGACCAGAGCCAGUCAUCGCCGCUGGCGGCGAUGUCUCGGACGUUCAAUCCAAAGAAAACGCCCGUUGCACUCGUACCGUGAGAGAUUUAGCACCCGACGGUGAUACCAUUGAAGUAUCUCGGCUAUCAGAAAAUCACCAUGGUCGAAUGAUGCAGGAUAACGAAACAUCACAGCCGGCACAUCUGCCACACGAGCACAACCUGAUCCACCCUCAAGCCGAUACUAUGACCCCUACUAUCGGCCAGCAGUAUUUUACCAUACCCAUCUCGCCUUAUCCGGAGGAUAUGGACAUGAGCGGCGAGAUGAGCGCGGAACUGGGCGGUUUUGAUACGGGAGAUAUUGAUUUCACGCAGACUUACAAUGCACCCGACUUGCUUUGGCUUGAGUCUGCCAUCAUCAAUCUACCGAAGUUGGAUAGCGUCGUCCCGUCCCUCCCUACUCCUGGUGAAGACCAUGAAUUGUGCCAGGAUCAACUGUCCAACCAUGGCCUAUCUGCAGACAGGCUUAGUCGGGUCCAGAAGGCAUGGCCAACAAAAUUGGUUCGUCCCAUCCGCCUAAUUCGAAGACUGUGGCAGACCGCUCUACAGCAUCCGGCGGACAACAUCUUGUGUCAUGAUAGCACAGAAUCUCCAAGCCAGAGUCCUCAACGUAGCAACUUGACAGGCUCAAGGUGGAAUAUGGAUGCCAGCUGCAGGGACAGACUCUUGCAAGACAGCCACAAAAUCUUUGGCAAAGAAGAGUCUCCUUACGCCAUACCAGUCGACCAGACCAGCAACACCCCUCAGAGUCCGUUGUCGAUGACCCACGAAGCUCAGUUUCCAUCGGUUGAGAUGCUGGACAUGAGUCUGGACCUCUAUUUCCAACGCUUCCAUCCGUCCAUGCCCUUUAUACACCAGGCGACCUUCGAUGCCAGGUCAGCACCAAGCGCGGUGCUAUUUCCCAUGUGUCUUAUUGGGCUGUCGUCACUAGAUCCCAGGGGUUCCAGAGACUUUGUCCGCACCGAGUGGACUAAACUUGUACACGCGUCCCGAUUGGAACUUACAUCCCAAGCCCUUGGCAAGCGUCCACCUUUGGAGCUCAUCACAGCCGUAGCUGCCUCAUUACUUGUGCUCAAUCUUGCACUUUGCAUCUCAGUAGGUUUUGGCCGCCCUGACCAAUUACUUCUUGGUGACUCCUCGUUCAUUGCAUCUGACUUGGCCCAGGUUUCGGAAAAGCAUGGAUUGUUUGCGGCCUGUGACGGCCAAGAACUCGAUCUCGGCCGGAUGGGACCAGCCACAGACCUGCAACGGCUGUGGAAGCCUUGGGCGCGAGUAGAAUCCGUCAAGAGGAUGAUCACAUGUCUCCUCAUAAUUGACGCCACCUACGCCAGCCUCUGGGGCACGGCGGGCGUUGUCGAACUGGACAAGCUCGAAAUCAUUGCUCCCUGCAAAUCGUCCUUGUUUGAGGCCCCCAACGCAACGACGUUCUCACAAGAGGUGGAAAAGACCAACGCCCAGAUCAUCAUGCCGCGGAUGACGCUGCAGAGGAUGUCGAUGCUGUCGCCGGCCAUGCUCGGCAGCAUGGGCCUACAAGCAUUGUUAGCUGCCAUCUCGCUCCAACAUUCUGUAGCCCGUCAUAGACUGUAUCCAGGCCAGCUUGACAGCGGCGGCGGCGGCGGCGGCAGUGAUGAGACGCAAGCGUCUUCGGCGGCACCGGUCGAGAGAUACGCGAUGGACGAGCAUGCAAAGAACAUUGCCCCUCUCUUGGCCGCAAUCCCCAGCAGCCGUAGUGACUACUUCGAUCGCGAAAACCCGCACGCCCUGCUCCUCUGGAACAGCCUCUGCAUGUCCACGACGGCCGACAUGGACCAGUUCGAACUGGCCCUGGGCCGCAAGGGCGCCGUCUCGGCGCAGAGUGCGCUGGCGAACAUCACGGCCUGGGCGAAAUCACCUGCGGCCCGACGCGCGGCAUUGCACGCCUCCCAGAUCUUCUGGAUUCUCUCGCAAUCGCGCGUCUCGGAGCCGGCGUUGCUUCUCCACGAGCAUAUGAUCUUCACGGCCGCGCUGGUCCUGGCGUUUUAUGUCCUGAAAUCGACGACACUACCGACAUCACCCUCGGAGCAAGGCGCGGCGGCGGCGGCGGCGGCGGCGGCGGCUCUGCGCUCUCCCGUGGCCAACCUGGAAUUGUUGCAGGAGAUCGACUGGGCCGAGGUCGGCACCGAAGGCUUCGGCGGAGCGAAGUCGCAGGUUGGACACUGUUGCCCUGCGAAACGCUUCAUCAGAAGUGGAGGGUGCAUCUCGUUUGGUGCGUUGGAAGCUGUCGGAGAACGGGCAGCCAGGAAAAUCAUCCUGAAUUAUGCUCACUUACUUGACGAGGUCGCGAAAUGGGAGGGGUCAGAGUACUGUGAGGCGCUCAAGGCGAUUGGCGACUUUUUCAAGUCAGACUCGACGGAGGCGUGA